GAGGGGCGGGGGCCCCACGGUGCACGCAGUCGGGGCGCGAGGCUGCGGCGGCGGCGGCGGCGGCGGCGGCGGAGCCGGGAGCGGGAGCAGGAGCUGGAGCGGCUGCCGGAUCGCAGCCCACCCGGCACGCCGCAGCCAUGGGUAACCGUGGCAUGGAAGAUCUCAUCCCGCUGGUCAACCGGCUGCAGGACGCCUUCUCCGCCAUCGGCCAGAAUGCGGACCUCGACCUGCCGCAGAUCGCUGUGGUGGGCGGCCAGAGCGCGGGCAAGAGCUCGGUGCUGGAGAAUUUCGUGGGCAGGGACUUCUUGCCCCGAGGAUCUGGCAUCGUCACCCGACGUCCUCUGGUCCUGCAGCUGGUUAAUUCGUCCACAGAAUAUGCCGAGUUCCUGCACUGCAAGGGGAAGAAGUUCACCGACUUCGAGGAGGUGCGCCUGGAGAUAGAGGCGGAGACCGACCGGGUCACCGGCACCAACAAGGGCAUCUCGCCGGUGCCCAUCAACCUGCGGGUCUACUCGCCGCACGUGCUGAACCUGACCCUAGUGGACCUGCCUGGAAUGACCAAGGUCCCAGUGGGGGAUCAACCCCCAGACAUCGAGUUCCAGAUUCGCGACAUGCUCAUGCAGUUUGUCACCAAGGAGAACUGCCUCAUUCUGGCUGUGUCCCCUGCCAACUCUGACCUGGCCAACUCCGAUGCUCUCAAGAUCGCCAAGGAGGUGGACCCCCAGGGUCAGCGCACCAUUGGGGUCAUCACCAAGCUGGACCUGAUGGACGAGGGCACAGAUGCCCGGGAUGUGCUGGAGAACAAGCUGCUUCCCUUGCGCAGAGGCUACAUUGGGGUGGUGAACCGGAGCCAGAAGGACAUAGAUGGCAAAAAGGACAUUACGGCUGCCCUGGCAGCUGAACGCAAAUUCUUCCUGUCCCACCCAUCCUACCGCCAUCUGGCUGACCGCAUGGGCACACCCUACCUGCAGAAGGUCCUCAACCAGCAACUGACCAACCACAUCCGGGACACGCUGCCCGGGCUGCGGAACAAGCUGCAGAGCCAGCUGCUGUCCAUUGAGAAGGAAGUGGAGGAAUACAAGAACUUCCGCCCUGAUGAUCCAGCACGCAAGACCAAGGCCCUGCUGCAAAUGGUCCAGCAGUUUGCUGUGGAUUUCGAGAAGCGCAUUGAGGGCUCUGGAGACCAGAUAGACACCUACGAGCUGUCAGGAGGCGCGCGCAUUAACCGGAUCUUCCACGAGCGCUUCCCCUUUGAACUGGUCAAGAUGGAGUUUGACGAGAAGGAACUGCGAAGGGAGAUCAGCUAUGCUAUCAAGAAUAUCCAUGGCAUUAGGACGGGCCUCUUCACACCUGACCUCGCUUUUGAAGCUACAGUGAAAAAGCAGGUGCAGAAGCUCAAAGAGCCCAGUAUCAAGUGUGUGGAUAUGGUGGUCAGUGAGCUCACAACCACCAUCAGAAAGUGUAGCGAAAAGCUGCAGCAGUACCCACGCCUGCGGGAGGAGAUGGAGCGCAUCGUCACCACGCACAUCCGCGAGCGCGAGGGCCGCACCAAGGACCAGGUCAUGCUCCUCAUUGAUAUUGAGCUGGCAUACAUGAAUACCAACCAUGAGGACUUCAUAGGCUUUGCCAAUGCUCAGCAGAGGAGCAACCAGAUGAAUAAGAAGAAGACUUCAGGGAACCAGGAUGAGAUUCUGGUCAUCCGGAAGGGCUGGCUGACCAUCAACAACAUUGGCAUCAUGAAGGGGGGCUCCAAGGAAUACUGGUUCGUGCUGACCGCCGAGAAUCUGUCCUGGUACAAAGACGACGAGGAGAAAGAGAAGAAAUACAUGCUGUCCGUGGACAACCUGAAGCUGCGGGACGUGGAGAAGGGCUUCAUGUCAAGCAAGCACAUUUUUGCCCUCUUCAACACGGAGCAGAGGAAUGUCUACAAGGAUUACCGACAGCUGGAACUGGCCUGUGAGACCCAGGAAGAGGUGGACAGCUGGAAAGCCUCCUUCCUGAGGGCUGGCGUGUACCCCGAGCGCGUGGGGGACAAGGAGAAAGCCAGCGAGACUGAGGAGAAUGGCUCAGACAGCUUCAUGCACUCCAUGGACCCGCAGCUGGAGAGGCAGGUGGAGACCAUCCGGAACCUGGUGGACUCGUACAUGGCCAUUGUCAACAAGACUGUUCGGGACCUCAUGCCCAAGACCAUCAUGCACCUCAUGAUCAACAAUACCAAGGAAUUCAUCUUCUCGGAGCUGCUGGCCAACCUGUAUUCGUGCGGGGAUCAGAACACCCUGAUGGAGGAGUCGGCGGAGCAGGCCCAGCGCCGCGACGAGAUGCUGCGCAUGUACCACGCCCUGAAGGAGGCCCUCAGCAUCAUCGGCGACAUCAACACGACCACCGUCAGCACGCCCAUGCCCCCGCCCGUGGACGACUCCUGGCUGCAGGUGCAGAGCGUACCGGCCGGACGCAGGUCGCCCACGUCCAGCCCCACGCCGCAGCGCCGAGCCCCCGCCGUGCCCCCAGCCCGGCCCGGGUCGCGGGGCCCUGCUCCUGGGCCUCCGCCUGCUGGAUCCGCCCUGGGGGGGGCGCCCCCCGUGCCCUCCAGGCCGGGGGCUUCCCCUGACCCCUUCGGUCCUCCUCCCCAGGUGCCCUCGCGCCCCAACCGCGCCCCGCCCGGGGUCCCCAGAAUCACUAUCAGUGACCCCUGAGGAGCGUCAGCCACGCAGGAAGGGCCCAGCCUCACCUACGCGACCUGCAGCCCCCCGACCAGCUGAGGCUCCCCUCUUAGACUUAUAAGUCUUGUGGCCACUGGCAUCAGCUGCCUGCCUCCCAUUCUCCCCAGGAUCCCCUCAGAGGACUCCUGGGCUUUCUGACCACCCGAGGGGCCUCCAGCGCGCCCUCCAGCCGUCCCUUUUAGCUUUGCCCUCCGAGUUCAAGCAGGCUUCUUCCUCCAGCCUGGAGGACUGUUGCAUGGUCUUCCCUGAGGCUAGGGGUGGCCCUGGGCCAGUGACAUGGAAUUCAGGGUGAUCAGAGGAGAGGCCAGCCCGGGAGAUGGGCGUGUGAGAGCUGGGGUACAGUCUGGGUGCUGCGUGCGCCGUGUGUGUGGUGGGGGAGGUAGCCUCCCGCUGGACUUCCUGGGAGCUAAAGCCCGGUCAGCUCCUCCCAUCUAUCUUCCUCCCUUUUCCCAUCUGUCUGUCUUUUCCAGAAAUGUCGCCCACAUCCCACCUGCUCCAUCCCCUCCCGUGUCAGGGGGUGGCCACUCUUGCCUUACCAGCUCUCCUUCCUUUUCUCUCUCCUGUUUUCUCUCUUGGCUUUCUCUCCAACUGCCAGCCGAUCGGGUCAGGCAAGUCCAUCCCGUCCUGAGAGCCCCAGGCCCCCCUUCGACCUCUAACCAGAUCCCUCCUACUCCACGGACACCUCCCUUCCCGAGCCUGCCUGGAUGGCUGUUCUGUGACUUGACAGUGGCUCCCCAGUCCCAAAGUGUCCCCUCCAUCUGUGACUUAGUCUCUUGUAGUGGUGAGCUGAAACAUCCAGGCGUGACGUUGGUGAAAACUUGUGCCCCUCUGUGGUAUUGCUCCUGCCCUGUUCUAUAAAUAUCUAUAAAUAUUCAUAUAUAUAUACAUAUACAUAUAUAUGGCCGCCACAGCCUCGCCUCUAGUGUUGGGAAUAAACUACCAUGCUGUCCUUGUGGAGUCUUGUGGCCCAACGACAAGGGAACACUGUCACCCUGACACCCCCCCCUCCAGCGUGCCGCUCCAGUGAGCCUCCCUGUCCUGCUCGGCCUGAGGACAGCCAGCCCCCUGCCCCCCCCUGCAGCACCGAGGUGCUACGCUGGCAGCUGUGGGCUCCUCUGACCACCACCAGUCUUGAUGUCUCUUGGCUGAGAAUAAAACCCAUUUCUGGAUGAUGGGGAA